UGAGAACGAGUCCGGUCUUUACAGUCGCUCGGGCGGAGUCGUCAGGAUUAUACAGUGCUAUAUCCUCUUCUUUAAGUUUUAAAACCGAGUAUAAAAUAUUGUUUCGGAGCGAAAUGAAUUCAACCAUUUGAAAUUCUUAUUUUCGUCGUUUUAAACGUCGUUUGAAGAGGAUCUGGUUAAAGCUUGCCAUUUGUUCGUUUGUCGAAAAAGCUAUCUUUUUGAGCUAACGCUGCUAACUUAGCCGCAGUUUUCACGGAAAGGGAAGAUUUUUACGGCCCAGCGUUGACGGGACCCCAUGCAAGUUGCCGAAGUCUUGGUUACAUUAGCCAAAGUACUGGAGCAGACCUUUCACAGAUGGGAAAAUUGUGUCUGAAGCACCGUGAAGGUGUUCUAGAUCACUGGAGAAUCAGUUUCACUUAAAGGACAACCUACUGAGUGAGAGACUACAGCAUGAUACAAUACUUGACUGUAUAGGUUUCACAAAAGACAUUUUUGACUGUCAGUAGAUGCUUUGUCAUACCCCAAGAGUGUUUUGUCAAGAAAAAAAACAAGGGACUGAUAGGGGCAAAAGAAAAAAAACCUGGCCAUUUUGAGAAAUAUCCUGGCACAAAAGCAUAAGGAAUACUAAGAAAUCAAGAUGAGCGCAGAAGGAUAUCAGUACAGAGCACUAUAUGACUACAAGAAGGAGAGAGAGGAGGACAUUGACCUUCAUGUUGGGGACAUACUCCUAGUGAGUAAAGGUGCUCUAUUAGCACUUGGCUAUAGUGAAGGUCUGGAAGAGAGACCAGAGGAGAUAGGCUGGCUGCCUGGUUAUAAUGAAAUGACUCAGGAAAAAGGGGACUUCCCUGGUACUUAUGUGGAGUUCAUUGGCAAAAAGAAGAUUUCUCCUCCGACCCCCAAACCAAGACCCCCCAGGCCUCUGCCCAUGGCUCCGGGACCAGCCAAGAAUGACUCGGACUCCGAACAAGGAGGUUCCAGCACUCUGCUGGAUCUGACAGAGCAGUUUGCCCCUCCAGAAAUGGCCCCACCCAUGCUGCUCAAACUGUUGGAUGCAAUUGAGAGAAAAGGUCUGGACAACCCUACCCUUUACAGGAAUUUCACUGCUGGAGGAGGUCUGGAUGUCAGACAAUGCUUCGAUGGUGACCCCCCUUCCGUGGACUUGGAGCAGCUGGAUCUGCAGAUGUUGUGUGAUGGUCUCAGACGAUACCUGCUGGACCUGCCUCAGCCUGUCAUCCACUCUGCAGUUUACAGCGAGAUGGUACACAUUGUCCAAGAGGUACAGGGUUCGGAGGAGUGUGUACAGCACCUGCGGAGGAUUGCCAGUUCCUCAGCGCUGCCACCCCAGUACUGGCUGACACUGCAGUGCUUGCUGAGGCACCUCGCUCGUGUGUGCCAGGCGUCAGCUGCCAACCUGCUGAACGCUCGUGCCCUCGCUGAAAUCUUCAGCCCCAUGCUGUUUAGGCAGCAGGCUGCCAGCUGUGAGCCGAGCCCUGAAUCCCACAUAAAGAUUGUUGAAGUCCUGGUGACCAGUGAAUGGAGCAGCAGCCAGGCAGCUCCAGCACUACCUCCGAAACCACCCAAACCAACCCCUGUGACUAACAACGGUAUGAACAACAACAUGGCUCUGCAAGAUGCUGAAUGGUACUGGGGAGACAUCUCAAGGGAGGAGGUCAAUGAGAAACUGAGAGACACAGCUGAUGGAACGUUUUUGGUUCGUGAUGCCUCCACCAAAAUGCACGGGGACUACACCCUCACUCUGAGGAAAGGAGGUAACAACAAGUUGAUCAAAAUCUUCCAUCGCGAUGGAAAGUAUGGUUUCUCGGAUCCUUUGACAUUCAGCUCAGUGGUUGAGUUGAUCAAUCACUACCGGCACGAAUCCCUCGCUCAGUACAAUCCCAAACUAGAUGUGAAACUGCAGUAUCCUGUGUCUAAGUACCAACAGGAUCAAGUGGUGAAAGAGGACAACAUUGAGGCAGUGGGCAAGAAAUUGCAUGAAUACCACCUGCAGUACCAAGAGAAAAACAGAGAGUAUGACAGACUGUAUGAGGAAUACACUAGAACGUCGCAGGAAAUUCAAAUGAAAAGGACUGCUAUUGAAGCUUUUAACGAGACCAUAAAGAUCUUUGAGGAGCAAUGUCAGACGCAAGAGCGCUACAGCAAAGAGUACAUUGAGAAGUUCAGGAGAGAAGGCAAUGAAAAAGAGAUCCAGAGGAUAAUGGUGAACUAUGAGAAGCUGAAAUCAAGAAUCAGUGAAAUUGUGGACAGCAAGCGUCGUUUGGAGGAGGACUUGAAGAAGCAGGCAGCAGACUACAGGGAAAUUGACAAGAGGAUGAACAGCAUCAAGCCUGACCUCAUCCAGCUCAGGAAGACCAGGGAUCAGUACCUCAUGUGGUUGACACAGAAAGGAGUCAGGCAAAAGAAGCUCAAUGAGUGGCUGGGAAUCAAAAACGAGAACCAGGAUGAUCAAUACUCUAUGGUGGAUGAUGAUGAGGAUUUGCCACACCAUGACGAGCGUUCCUGGAAACUGGGCAACAUUAACCGCCUCCAGGCUGAGGCACUGCUGCGGGGCAAAAGAGAUGGCACAUUCCUGGUCCGCGAUAGCAGCAAACCUGGCUGCUAUGCCUGCAGUGUUGUUGUGGAUAGCGAGGUCAAGCACUGCGUCAUCAACAAAACCCCUACAGGCUAUGGCUUUGCAGAGCCCUACAACCUUUACAGCUCGCUGAAGGAACUGGUCUUGCACUACCAGCACACGUCUCUUGUUCAACAUAAUGACUCUCUGAAUGUUACGUUAGCAUACCCAGUCUACGCACACCAGAGGCGAUGAGGACUAGUGAACACACACUCUUGGGACUCUUUCACAGAAAACGAGAGUUAAAAAGAAGGCCUCUUCUCUCACAGCAAUGCCUCCACUUGGGCCUCAGGAUGGAGGGCUGUUUUUUUUUUUUCACCUUUGAGCAGCCCUGUUGCAGGUGAUAAAACGUGAAAGCCGAAAUGGACAUUUUAUCCACAGAGACUUUGACAGUGGCAGGUUUUGAAUGUAGUUUUCUUUAA